AUGGCUAAUGAUGAGUCCGAUGCUCUUGACGUGCUUGAAAGAGAAGCCAAGGAAUAUGACAAGGAUGCUGAAAUCGACCGAAUCCUGAAAGCCUUUAGACUUGAUGCCUACGCGGUGCUAGAUCUCCAACCCGGCGUACCUGACUCAGACAUCAAAGUCGUCUAUCGAAAGAAGUCACUACUAAUCCAUCCGGACAAAACCAAAAAUCCACAAGCGCCUGAGGCAUUCGACCGUCUGAAGAAAGCACAGGUGGCACUGCUUGAUGAGAAACAGCGUCAACAUCUUGAUGAAUGCAUCGCCGAUGCCAGACAUCUGCUCAUGCGCGAGCACAAAUAUACCGUCGACUCGGACGAGUUGAAGACCGAAGAGUUCAAGCAGGAAUGGAGACGGAAAACGGUCGAGGUUCUGGUUGAAGCGGAGGCGCGGAGGAGGAGACAGAUGAAGGCCAAGAUGCAAGAGGAGGGUCGAGAACAGGCCAAAGAGGAGGCGGAGAUUGAAGAGAGGAAACGAAAACGAGAGCAUGAGAAGAAGUGGGAAGACACCCGAGACGAGCGCAUAGGCAGUUGGCGGGAUUUCCAGAAAGGCGUCAAGAAGGGGGAAGAGCAGAAGAAGAAAAAGAAGAUGAAAGUGCUAGGAUGA